UGUCCAUGAAUGGAUUCCUUUCAUGUCAAAUUAUUUUUGCUGUACCUACAAAUAAUUUAUAAAGCUUCUUGAAAAUAUGGUGUAAAUUUGAUUAUUUUGUACAAUACUUGUGUUCCAUUUUGAUUUCAUCCCUUGUGCAUAUUACUGGGUGCGGCGGACGGAAAAAUGUCGUCUAGUUCCGUAGAGGAAAUACCUGAACAGACUGACCUUUUCACACAAGAUGGUGUACUUCUCAAAGCCUGCCUGGGUCGACCAGUUAAUGAACUCAACUCAAUCGGAAUGUUGUGCAUUGUACAAAAUCCAGAUGCAAGUAAAAGUAUUGAGUGGCGACCCAAUGACCUGAUAACUAUAGAUUCCACCCAAGAUCAAGAUUGGGCGCUUGUUAAUACCAUUAGGCGUCGUCAACGGACCCUGAGUGAUAAUUUAACAGCGGACUACGCAACGGCUCGAGCACGCAUCAUCAAAAUACCACUAAAGGAACUCCAAAGCUUUCGUAUCACUCACAAAAACCAACAGAUGAAUUUCUCCUGUAAACUCGGUGUGUGGCAGUCGACGUUCUACUUCCAACACGGCAAUGCGGAAAUAUUCGUAGCAUAUCUGAAGAAUCACGUGAAGACAGCGAGAUCGAGCCGUGACAAAAAUACCUAUAUGGUUGUGGAGUCGACAGAAGAAACACGAGCACUGAAUCGCUCGUUCACAGAGUUGGAUUUAUUUACAGAGAACACUACCGAUGUAGUGUGGAAUAUAGUGAGUAAUCUGAAGGAGAGACCGUACGAAACUACAAUGGAGGCAUUUUCGAAACUCACAAAUAUUGUAUACUACGGCAAUGAGGCGAAUGGCAAACGCGAUGUUUCCGAAGAUGUAGCAGACCUGCUUACGAAGAGUAUGGUCGCGGCUGAAGAAGCCCACUCAGUCACCAAGAGUGAUGAGUACGAGGUCAUCAGCGUUAAGCCCACGCUGCCACCGAGGCCUUGUAUUCCUAGAAGCACACCAUUGUCUACGGAGAAGUGGGAGGGGUUGCAGGACCCACUGGGUCGCGUCGCUGAGGUAGAGGGAGUGAAGCAACUCAUAUUUAGAGGGGGUGUAGCACAUUCCAUAAGAAAGCAUGUGUGGAAAUAUAUUCUAGACUAUUACCCAUGGCACAUGACUCAUGCUGAGGUGAAAGCUCUUCAGAAGAAGAAAACAGACGAGUAUUACUGCAUGAAGCUGCAAUGGAGGACCAUGACGGAAGGUCAAGAGAACAGAUUCACCGAGUACAGAGACAGGAAGAGUCUGGUGGAAAAGGAUGUGAAUCGUACGGAUAGAACGCACCCGUACUUCGCUGGUGAUAAUAAUGAGAAUCUGGUGACUCUCCAGGAUAUACUGAUGACUUACGUCAUGUACAACUUUGAUUUGGGCUACGUACAAGGAAUGAGCGAUAUAUUGGCACCUUUAUUGUUGCUUUUGGACAAUGAAGUAGACAGUUUCUGGUGCUUCGUUGGAUUCAUGGAGAAGAUUGCGACAAACUUCGACCUGGACCAAGCGGGCAUGAAACUCCAGCUGCUCCAGCUGCAACAGCUGCUGAUGUUCGCGUGUCCGGACCUCGCGCAGCAUCUCGCCUCGAAGGAUUCGGGCAACAUGUACUUCUGCUUCAGGUGGCUCCUCGUCUGGUUCAAGCGGGAGUUCUCACACCCGGAUAUUAUGAGGCUAUGGGAAGUACUAUGGACGGGGUUGCCAUGUUCUAACUUUCAUCUAUUUAUUUGUGUCGCUAUACUCGAUGCAGAGAAGGAGGUACUCAUAAGCAAAGACUACGGUUUCACGGAAAUUUUAAAGCAUGUGAACGACCUGUCGAUGCGCUUAGAUGUAGACAAAGUGCUGAGCUCAGCAGAAGGGAUAUACCACCAGAUCAUAUCUGCACCUCACCUCACCGACCAGAUCAGAGUGAUCAUCGGUCUAACCCCACUGGGAACUUCGGUCCACUCGGACGAUGGCGAUUCAACCCGCACGGAAGGCGAUUCGACACAAGCUAACGGCUACACUCGAAUAUAAUGGAAUAGAAAUCACCAUAAUAACACAAACCUUGUGGACGCUGCUUGCCUAGUGGCGCCAUCUGUACAUAACUUGAACACAUAGACUGGACGCGAAGUGAUAGAUUUAUAUUUUUAUAUAUAACGCACUUUAAGAUGUCGAUUGUAUCCUAUUUGAAUAUGGAUGCCUAUUUAAAAUAUACAACUUUACAUGUUUAUAAUAGGGGUUGUCAUCUUCCAAUCAAAUGUAUAAUAUUUUAUUAUAGUGUAGGUUGGCAACCCUACAACAUUGACCCGCCGAUAUUGUUUGCAUAGAUUCAUUUUAUUCUAUAUAUAUGACAAAGUAAUAAUGAAUAAUAUACUAAUAAUUGUUUGUUACAUGUAAUGUGUAACUGGACACUUUUUGUCACUUGAGUUUGUUUAUAGACAUUCUAUAACAUGUAUAUUGUUUUAUCGUUUGGCAGCUUUGUAAUUACCUCAAACAGCAAAAAAUCAUAUAUUUUAUGCCUCUAAAAAUUAUACAAUGUGUAAUAAUAGAAUAAAUGCAAUUCUUUAAGCACCCUAAAAUACGAUUUUUUAUGAUGGCAAGAAAUUAAUCUUUGAAACUUUGAAUAGUACAAAUUUAAAAAUUGACUCGGUUUUCGGCAAUUUGUUGCAUGUUGAAGAAAGUGGUACCUUAUGGAAAGUCAUACUUUUUGCAUUUUCCUAAGCUAUUCUUCCUUUUGUAUUGAUCGAUUUUAUAAUUGUUUAAUCGAUUUUGUACUUUACACUGAUAUAAAUAUGUCGCUUAUUUCGAUAAUUUCAUUCAUUUCUCUAAGGGACAGGUAUAACUAUUCGUUCAGGUGAGAAAUCAACUUGCCAUUAAAAGCAAUAAAAAAAGACAUUGGUGCUGUUUGAAUUCGUAUAGGAUUUAAUCGACUGAACAGUGAUAACAAAAUCGAUAUUUUUAAUAUGACAUGUCAAUUUUACAUGUAAAGUGAUUUACUUUUAAUUUAUCUAUGGUUUGUGAUUUAUUUCUAGCAUAUCAAUAUAUUAAUUCAAAAGAUGUAUUAAAUUAUAAUUUAAAAGCACGAAUGAGGCGGUUUUGUUUUAAAUAAUGCGAUAGAAUUAAUGUAUAUUGUUUACAUAUGUUUGAAGCGAAAAGAACUUUGACAAUUGGUUGGUUUUUCGUUUUGUGUAUUGAUUCAACUCGUUCAGAAAUAUAUGCAUUAUGGUUGUAUUGGCGUUCAUCCAGAUUAAAAGUUUUAUGUGUAGUAUUAGGUUAUAUCUUUUUAUAGUGUGGAUUCAACCGUAACUGACGGUUAUUAUCUGUCAAUAAGUUAAAAAGGACGUCGUGCUCGUGAAAACAUAUAAAAUAAGGAAAUUUAUAACAUCAACAGCAUGCAGACAUGGCUGUAUGGGCCCAGUUCCCUUUCCUUUAAAGGAUAAACAGAAAAAAAGAACGGCGACUAUUAUUCUUUAAAGAAGUUCAGUGAAAUUUAUAUGGUCUGUAUUUUCAUAUUUAGUACUGUAAUUAAAUCUUCAGUACAUUUCUCAGUCUCGUCUGAAACAGUUGGUUUCACGUGCAUUUGACAUAACUUACCGUUAUUAUAUCCCAUUUAACUCAUAGUUUUGUAUCG